GCAGCGGGCAGAGCGGGGCGGGGAGACCCCGCCCUCGGCGCGCACGGAGCCCGGCCCGUGCUGCAGCACCGCCGAGUGCGGCCUCGGGGGCGGCGGCCGCGCGAGGAGCCAGGAGGGCAGCUUCCACUCGCGGGGCCGCGGCGGGGGAGGGCGAGACCCUCAGCAAACUUUCUAGCGGCUUCGGCCCGGGGGUGGCAGCGCCCGGAGCUGGCCGCGGCGGCUGCGGCAACGGGCUCCGUCCCCUGGCACGUCCCCCUCCCGGGAGCAAGUGCCUUCAGCUGGGAGUGUCGAAAGCCCCAGCAGCGAGCGGCCAGUGAGCACACCAGCCACUCCCAUAUAGGAUCCGAACCCGCAGCGGGAGCGUCGCUGUGCUCCCAGCGCCGCACUCUCCCGAGUGCGCCACGGGGUGGGAUAGUAACAUCUUUUGGGAGGAAGGAGAAUUGCCUUCCUUUCCUGAAAGUAGUGAAUGUACGGCAGAUACCUACGUGGGAGGAGCAAUAAUCCAAUGGCUACCUUCUAUGUUUUGUAUUAGGAAACAAAAUCAGUUGUAAGUGCCCAUGUUGAUCUUGGAAAUAGAAGGAUUUAAAAAAAUUAAGUUUCCGCAGAGAACAAGAACUUUACCAUCUGCUUUUUGAUCUGAAGACUGGGGGACAAUGGAUAUCAUAGAGACAGCAAAACUUGAACAUAUGGAAAAUCAGACCAACGACCCUGCAAACACUUACACAAGACCCACUGAGCCUGUUGAAGAAGAAAACAAAAAUGGCAGUGGUAAACCCAAGAGCUUAUCCAAUGGGCUGCGAAAGGGCACCAAAAAGUACCCGGACUACAUCCAGAUUGCUAUGCCCUCUGAAUCAAGGAACAAAUUUCCUCCAGAGUGGUGGAAAACGGGCAUUGCCUUCGUGUAUGCACUCUUCAACCUCGUCUUGACCACCGUCAUGAUCACAGUUGUGCAUGAGAGGGUCCCUCCCAAGGAGCUCAGCCCUCCACUCCCAGACAAGUUUUUUGAUUACAUUGACCGGGUGAAAUGGGCAUUUUCUGUAUCAGAAAUAAAUGGGAUUAUAUUAGUUGGAUUAUGGAUCACCCAGUGGCUGUUUCUGAGAUACAAGUCAAUAGUGGGGCGCAGAUUCUUUUUCAUCGUUGGGACUUUAUACUUGUAUCGCUGUAUUACAAUGUACGUUACUACUCUUCCUGUGCCUGGAAUGCAUUUCCAGUGUGCUCCAAAGCUCAAUGGAGACUCUCAGGCAAAAGUACAACGGAUUCUACGGUUGAUUUCUGGUGGUGGAUUGUCCAUAACUGGAUCACAUAUCUUGUGUGGAGACUUCCUCUUCAGUGGUCACACAGUUGUGCUGACACUUACUUAUUUGUUCAUCAAAGAAUAUUCACCUCGUCACUUCUGGUGGUAUCAUUUAAUCUGCUGGCUGCUGAGUGCUGCCGGGAUCAUCUGCAUUCUUGUAGCACAUGAACACUAUACUGUCGAUGUGAUCAUUGCUUAUUAUAUUACAACACGGCUGUUUUGGUGGUACCAUUCAAUGGCCAAUGAAAAGAACUUGAAGGUCUCUUCACAGACUAAUUUCUUGUCUAGAGCAUGGUGGUUCCCCAUCUUUUAUUUUUUUGAGAAAAAUGUGCAAGGCUCAAUUCCCUGCUGCUUCUCUUGGCCAUUGUCUUGGCCUCCAGGCUGCUUCAAGUCAUCAUGCAAAAAGUAUUCGCGGGUCCAGAAGAUCGGUGAAGAUAAUGAGAAAUCUACCUGAGGAGCAAAACAAAGGCAUCAGCUCUUGUACCAAAAGAGUUAACACUAUAACCAAAGGUAUAGUUUUGUUUUUUUAUUUUAGGAGAACUGACUGGUAAAUGAAGAAUUGGACCAAAUUUCAUGGAAAUGAUUAGGAAAAUGAAAGAAGUAUUACCCAUUGACUCAUUUUUUUAUUCAUGCUGAGAAAGAUAUAUUCUCCUGCAGCUCUUCAUUCAUUGGUGACAAGCCCCAACACUGGGAUUUUACUAAUGAGCUUGUUAAAGAGGUGCCAAAGAACAUACUACUUUCCUUAUUCUUUGUCCACUAAAACUCUCUACUUCAGAAUUUUUUCAGGAAUUUUUUCCUCCCAAGGUCAGAAGAAUUUGUUAAUGUUUUAAAUAAAAUAUCUGGAUAUAUACAGCCACUGUGCAAAUAGUAUAACCUAAUACUGAGAGUGGUUUUUAGCAUUAGGUUUAGUGAGAGGGAGAUUCAUGGGUUGGUUGUGUGUCAACUUUGGGAGAACUUUGUUUCUACCCUGUCAUGAGGAAGGUUGGGGUCCGGUCUGGGAAUGCGCACUGCUGCUACCACCCAAUGCACAAUGUAUCACUUCUACCUUUUUCUGUUUUUAACUCAUAAUUUUAUUUUAAGAAAGUCGAUCCAAGUAAAUAUGAAAGUACUUGAUAUACCCCACGGAUUUUACAUACGUGAACAUAUUUCACUUUAAAAUCUCUGUGACAUACAUAGGAAACGAGGAUGUUUCUGCUAGUUGAGUGUGUACACUCAUAGAUGUCUGCCUGGUCAGUUUGCCUCUGGUACCCCCAGGGCAGUCAACUGCUCUAGCACAGGCUAAAAACAUGUAUGUGAACCGAUGCUCACGGCACUCAGGGAACAAGCUAUUUCCCUUUCAGGUCUGCCCUGGUGUGAGAUCUGUUUGAGGGCUCCUGAUUGGAACUCAAAUUCUUUUCAUUACAUUUCAUUGAAAAGAAUUUCUUCCUAGUUACAUUGUGCUUUAUGAAAAAACCAUGAUGGAGCCUGAAAGUUUAAUGUAUCCUUGCCUUUUAGCAAGAGACUCAGCUUCUCAUAGACUGGUUCUGGGGACAUAUAACACAAUUGAGUAAUUUUAUUUUUACCCUAUGAAAAUUAUAACAUGGUGCUGCGCUAUACUAUACUGUUGGAAUCAGUGCAUUAGACAGUUACAGCUACACAGUAAAGGGAGAUCAUUGUUUCUAAUUCUUUGAGGUGAUGCUAAAAAGAUGUUUUUAAAAAUCUGAACAUGUUUAAUGCUGUCAGAUUGAGUGCAUUAUUUAAUGCUAUUGACUCUUUUGGAUAAUUGUCUUAAUUUUUUAACUACUUGGAGGUUAAUCUGGAAGACUUCUCAUAACCUUGGAAAAAGGUUUAUGGUUACAAAGUCAUCAACACUAAGGCAGAUGGUGGAGAGGCCAGUUGGGAUGGGAGGAGGAAGUUAUUUUUAUAUUGAAGGUGAAAUUUUCCCUUUACCUAGAAUAGAAAACAUUCUUAAAUUUAUCACUAUAAAUUAGUCAGCCUUGAUUACACAAAAUUGACCUUUUAAUUGCUUGAGAAAAGCACAAUACAAAUCUGUUCAGAAGCGUCAUCAUCCUUUGGUGCUGAAAUUAUGUGUAUGUUUUCAGGGUGGCUCUUUUGUAUAAUAGAAGAAAUUGCAAAAAGAAAGGUAGUUGAAUUGAAAGACAAGAAGAGAGACUCUGUAAUCUGGUUAUAUUAAACAAGAAUUGAAAACCCUAAACAUCCUUGGCAAGCUUUGAAACAAGCAUUUUUCUUGUAUUUCUUAUUAAAUAAACCAAUAAUAAAUGUAUAUCCAGCUUCUGA